CCCGCGCUUUCAGGGAUGCGGGGGAAGACGUUGUGUGUGUGUGUGAGUGAGUGAGUCGGUCAGAGGGGGAGCUUAUGGACGGGGCGGACUUUAAUAUACUGAAGUGUUUUUAAAUUUAACUUUUCUCUUUCAGUCAAGGCGACAUUUAAUUAUCCUUUACACCGUGUAAAGACAAAGUGACACUUAGCCGGAGUUUCUCAGGAUGCCUCCCAAAAAGCGUAGCAGCGGCUCCGGGACACCAACAAGCAGAGAGUCGAAAUGCAGCAACAGGAAAGAAAACUCGGUGCUUUCUCCGGAAAAGCACAAAGAUAAGCAUCCAGAGUUUGUAACCCUUUGUAAGGACCUCUCUGUCUCCAACUCGCUGUGUUGUCAGGCAUGGGCGAUGUGGGAGUCGAUUACCCCAGACGAAAUCAUUGAAUCAAACAAGCAACUCUGGGGAGCAUGCGUGUACGUCUCAGCUGUGGACUUGGACGAAAUCCGGUUCACCUUUACAGAAUUUCAGAAGGCUGUCGGUUUGAGUGUGAAGCAAUUUCUCACCCUUAUGCGAAAGCUGGAUGAAAAUCUGGACACAAUAAGCCAUAAAGUAAAUUCAGCAGUGACGAGGCUGGCAAAGAAAUACGAGGUGUCCCUGGCUCUUUAUCAGAGAUUUGUGAAAACAUGUGCAAAAAUCUACGGUGUGCCUGAUGAAGUUAAGGGACAAGAACUUUUACGCUGUAACUGGACCCUAUUCCUCUUGGCUAAAGGAAGUGUUCUGCAGAUGGAGGAUGACCUGGUGAUAGCCUUCCAGUUACUUUUGUGCGUUCUGGAGUUCUACAUCAAGCGAUGUCCCUCUUCUCUCCUCCAGCCUCUUUACAAGUCGGCAAUCAGCGAGACAACACAGAGUCCGCCGACUCGGACCUCGAGGCGGAACAAAGCCAAGCCUCGUCCUUUAGAGAUGGACGUGCAGCUGCUGGAGACACUGUGUAAGGAGAGCGACUGCAGCAUAGACGAGGUGAAAAAUGUCUACCAAAGCAGUUUUUGUGCCUUUCUGGACUCUAUGGGCUUUUCAGGAUUGCAGGAGCUUCCAGCGGUGGAAACUCUAUCCAAAAGUUAUGAAGAGCUCUACCAUAAAAGCAAGGAUUUUGACGCACGACUGUUCUUGGACAACGAUGAGACCCUCAGCCCAGUUAAAGCAGAAGUUACAAAAGUAGAAAUGACUCCUAGAAAGAAUCCACCUGGAGAGGAAAAUGUCUCUAUUCCACCACAGACCCCAAUCAGAGCUGCAAUGUAUUCUAUCCAGCAGCUAAGGGGUGAACUUACCUCAAUCAGUGACCAACCUUCAGGCAUUCUCAUGAAUUACUUCGAGAACUGCACUGUGAACCCAUCAGAAGACAUCACAAAGCGGGUCGAACAUCUCGGUCAGGUCUUCAGCCAGAAAUUUGCUCAAGCUGUUGGACAGUGCUGUGAAGGAUUGGGCAAAAAGAGAUUUACUCUAGGUGUCCAGCUUUACUACAAAGUCAUGGAGUCGAUGCUCAAGUCUGAAGAGAAGCGACUCUCCGUGCAAAAUUUCAGUAAACUACUGAACAAUGCUACUUUCCACACCUCACUCCUUGCCUGUUCACUGGAAGUCGUCCUAGCAACUUAUGUUGGAUGUUCCCUGAAGAACGGUGGCAGCAAAUCACCUGAAACAAACCUGUGCUUCCCCUGGAUCUUGGAUGUCUUCCAGCUUCAUGCCUUUGACUUUUACAAAGUGAUAGAAAGUUUCAUCAAAGAGCUCACUCUGAAGCAUGACAUGCUCGAACACUUGAGCCGCUGCGAGAAUCAGAUCAUGGAGAGCAUUGCAUGGAAAUCAGAUUCUCUCCUGUUCGAGCUCCUGAGGCAGUCUCGUGAGGAUGGUCCCGGAGAGCAAGCGGAGCCUCCUGCGACACUAAACCAGCCCCUGCAGCACGAUCACACAGCAGCUGAUCUAUAUCUAUCUCCUCAGCGCCAGAGUCGCCGAUUCGCAGCAGCGGAGGUGGAGGUUCCUGUCAUAGCCCCGUCACAGCUCCCUGCCUCAGGCAACAGACAGCAUCGCUCAAACUCCCUCAGCCUCUUCUAUAAGAAAUUGUAUAGAAUGGCCUACCUGCGACUGAAAACACUUUUCUCUGAGCUUCUAACUGCUCACCCCGAGCUGGAGGCCAUCAUAUGGACUCUACUCCAGCACACACUCCAGAACGAGUAUGAGCUAAUGAAGGACCGACACCUUGACCAGCUGAUGAUGUCUGCCAUGUAUGCCAUAUGCAAGGUGAAAAAUGUGGAUUUGCGCUUCAAGACAAUCGUCACUGCAUACAAAGCGCUUUCCAACACAAACCAAGAGACGUUCAAGCGCGUGUUGAUCAGAGACGGCCAAUACGAUUCCAUCAUCGUCUUCUACAACCAGGUGUUUAUGCAGAAGUUGAAGACAAACAUCCUGCAGUACGCUUCUACUCGGCCUCCUCCCCUGUCUCCUAUUCCACAUAUUCCCCGGAGCCCGUACAUGUAUCCCAGCUCCCCCCUCAGAGUGCCUGGUGGGAAUGUCUACAUCUCCCCUUUAAAGAGCAAUCGUCUGACCACAGCAGCCAUGACGCCACGGACCAAGUUCCUUGUAUCCAUUGGAGAGUCGUUUGGGUCCUCAGACAAGUUCCAGAAGAUCAAUCAGAUGGUCAAUAGCACAGACAGGGCCCUGAAGAGGAGUCUAGCUGGAGACCCCAAUCUCAAACCCCACAAGCGAUUACGCUUUGAUGUGGAUGGACAGGAUGAAGCUGAUGGAAGUAAAUCAACUGGGGAGUCUACACUGGACAAGAAGCUGGCUGAGAUGCGUUCAGUUCGCAACCGCAUGCAGGAACAGAAAAUGAAGGAGGAGGCUGAGAAGGAAGACCCAGAGCCCUAAUGUGUACAAGCCUCAUCAAACUCAUCAUCAUCAUCAUGUGCGCUUACAUAGGCUGUUACUCUUCAUUUGCAGUUUUAAUAAUUAGGCCUUUUUAUGUAUCCAAAUAUACACUUGAGGAUAAAUAAGUGAAUAAGAUUCAGCAAGAAUAUCACAGACGAUUUGGAGGCAUGGAAUCAGGGGAUAAAUUUAGAAUUUUAAGUAGUGAUGUUUUGGCCCGAAACCCAAUUUCAGGACAUGCGGUUUAAGCUUCUGAGACUGUUGUAAAAAAAAAACUGCAUUUGUUUGGCUUCAUUUUUAUGCUUGUAAAGCAUUCAUGUUUAAUGAACUGAAUAAUCCUACUGGUAAGUCAGUCAGAAUGUUGUAACGUAAAAAGCUGCAUUUUAUAGAAACUUUAUACAAAAUAAGUCUGUAUAAAAAUCUGUCAUUUUCAGCUUUUUUGCUUUUUUUUUUUUUUGGGUGGCAUUUUUGUAUUGUUCUAAAGGGUAUCAUGAGUCUGAUGCCUGUGUGUCUUUGAUGACUGCAACUGGGAGAACUUCACACAAGAAUGAAUUAAUUUUAUUAUUUUUAGAAUAAUAAAUUUAAUCUGCAACUUUACAUUUCUGCAACAUGUAAGUGUUGAAACAUUACCUACAUGUUGUAAUUACCCACAUGACCACAGUCAUGUGCUCACUGGGCACACAAUCACUUUGUGCUGGAAGAACAAGGCAGAAAACCCGUUGACUUGUACACAUGAUUAAGUAGGGGCACAGCAAAAUUAAGUCUUGGCCAAAAACCAAAAUUCGGGAUAACGAGAUUCAGGUAACUUUUUUUUUUUUUUUUUUUAUCAGCUUCUGCUUCUUUUCAAAGAUUUUAAUUAUUUUUUUUUAUUUGCCUUUAAAAAAAAAAAAGUAAUACAUACUUAAGUGUGGAAAAAUAACGUAUUGAAAUGUCAGACCUUUGAUUUAAGAUGUUUCUCCACAGAAAGAGCUGACAAAUAAAACUAGAACUCUUCGGUUUAAGGUGCCUCGAUGGCACUAAUGGAUAUUCAGUUAAAAACAAAAAGUAUAGUUUUUUCCUGAAAGGUUAUUUCUGUGGUAGGGUUAUCAGAUACACUCUUGGUUUUAUAAAAUGUGUGUGUACAUUUACAUACUUUGUAUUUGUCUUUUUAAUAUAUUGCAUUUUAAUUUGCUCCCUGAACAGAGCUUGUAAUGUGAGUUUUUUUUCCAAUUGAAUUGCUAGCUGUUAGAAUGUUUUUGACUUUUUGUAUUAAGUACAUUUUGUCAAAAGAUUUGUUAAUAACUGACUUGAGAUUGUUUUAUUAAAAUGUAUGACUGUCUUACACGAUCGUCCUUUUUAGGAAAAUAAAAUGUACACGGACAGCAUUGUGUGAUGGGCUGCAUUGUGUUGAGCAUUGUGUGAAGGGCUGCAUUGUGCUGAUUAAUCAAGCAAAAUUUGCCCUUUGCCCCAAAACAGGAAUCUGGUGAAAAUCGAGAAGCAGAAGUACUUUAUACAGUGAGCUUUUUGUUUAACUUGUAAUUGCAAACUUAUAUUUUAUUUAUAAACAUUUAGUUCUUCUUGGACAGCUGAUGAUGGUUUUGUGAUUUUUAUCGAUCAACACAGCACUGGACAUUUUUCUGUUAUUUCUAAUACUUCUGAAUAAAAUCGAAAUCUGGAUCAUUUGA